AUGAAGAUCUAUGAGAGGGACAACUUUGUAGGAAAGAUUUAUGAGCUGAUGGAUGACUGUGACAACAUCAUGGAACGUUUCCGUAUGUCUGACUGCCAGUCCUGCCAUGUGAUGGACGGUCACUGGCUCAUGUUUGAGCAGCCCCACUACAGAGGCAGGAUGGUCUACUUCAGACCUGGAGAGUACAGGAGCUUCAGAGCUAUGGGAUACAGCAACAUAAGAUUCAUGAGCAUGAGGCGUUUCACUGAUAUGUGUUAUUUCCAUGUGGGUGGACUUUUCUCCACUGGAGUGCCGAACCUCAGAGUUCGUGCACACAUCCACACCCCACAUAGCAAAUGUCUUCUGGCCCAGAUCCAGGCUACACAAUCACUUUUCCCUUGGCCCAAGUACCGCAAAGAAUGA